AAGAAGAGACUAGACAACGAAGAAUAGAUGAACUUGAUAUUAAAAAUCACAGGCUUCAACAACUAUUGAAUUCCUCUUUAUCUCAAGUAAAUAGCUUAUCUAACGAAAUUCGUUGUUUGUCUUCUCAUUUAUCUCAUAAUAGAUAUCGAUAUCGAGACCUUGAAGUAGAAUACAAGAGCCUUUUAUUUCAGUACAAUUGUGCAAGAGCUGAUAUUAAUCGUCUCCAAAGUUAUGAAGAUGUCCAAUCU